AUGGUCGUGGCAUCCAACACCACAGCCCUUUGCUGCCCGAAAGGCGCAUCAUGCGAGGCAAUAUCCACCAUAAUUUGCGACAUCACCGCCCAAGAUGUCGUCGAAAACCCGGACAGUCCGAUACACACCACGAAACUGGACGAGUCUCUGCCGAAAUGUGGCAAACAGUGCUGUCCAUUCGGAUACAAAUGUCGAGGCGGGUCUGCCUGCGUGUUGGAUAAGGACGAAGAGCCUGGAAGCACCGCCAGCACCAGCACCGUUGUGACAAGGACAAAGACUGCCGUCGUUUCCACGUCGCCUGGGAGCGAGACAACCGCGACAGGGGCUGCUGAGACAGCGACUACGACCGCGGACCGGCUUCCAGCAUCAAAUGUGCCGUCUGUCAGCAGAAGCCAGGACAUUCCAACUCCAUCCACGACAGCCCCUCCAGCAAACGAGGCAUCUGCAAACGCCUCUUCCGAAAAGUCUACAUCCGGUGGUGUUAUCGCGGGAACGACCGUCGCCGCAGUCGCCUCCGUGGCGGUAUUGACGUGCCUGUUAUGGUUCAAGCGACGAGCCAUCUCAGAAAAAGUCGCUUCCGCGAAGUUUCCCCGACCAUGGCAACAGUUACGGGAGAACCAUUCCGAACAAGACAUGCCCCUCCCGCGAUACAACUCCCCGCCGCCGGCAUACAACAUGGCGACGAAGCCGCACACGCAACAGUACGCCUUCAAGCACUAUAGCCCAGACUCAGUGGGGAGCGAACCGCCUGUCGAGCUGCCUGCCACGCCGGUGUCUUUCAGCGUGUGGAAUCCUCGUAGUCCCAGGGAAGCAAGGCAGCCGCGGCGGUCUCACUACGAACCGUAUCGACGUCCUGAGUAG